AUGGAGCCACGGGCGCUCGUCACGGCGCUCAGCCUCGGCCUCAGCCUCUGCUCCCUGGGGUUGCUCGUCACGGCCAUCUUCACCGAUCACUGGUACGAGACCGACCCUCGGCGCCACAAGGAGAGCUGCGAGCGCAGCCGCGCGGGCGCCGACCCUCCUGACCAGAAGAACCGCCUGAUGCCGCUAUCUCACCUACCGCUGCGGGACUCGCCGCCCCUGGGGCGCCGGCUGCUCCCGGGCGGACCAGGGCGCAACGACCCCGAGUCCUGGCGCUCGCUGCUGGGACUCGGCGGUCUGGACGCUGAGUGCGGCCGGCCACUCUUUGCCACCUACUCGGGCCUCUGGAGGAAGUGUUACUUCCUGGGCAUCGACCGGGACAUCGACACCCUCAUCCUGAAAGGUAUUGCCCAGCGAUGCACAGCUAUCAAGUACCACUUUUCACAGCCCAUCCGCUUACGAAACAUUCCUUUCAAUUUAACCAAGACAAUACAGCAAGAUGAAUGGCACCUGCUUCAUUUGAGAAGAAUCACAGCUGGCUUCCUGGGCAUGGCUGUCGCUGUCCUCCUGUGUGGCUGCAUUGUGGCCACAGUCAGUUUCUUCUGGGAAGAAAGCCUAACCCAGCAUGUGGCAGGACUGCUGUUCCUCAUGACAGGGAUAUUUUGCACCAUUUCCCUCUGCACGUACGCUGCCAGUAUCUCGUACGAUUUGAACCGGCUCCCCAAGCUGAUUUAUAGCCUGCCUGAUGACGUAGAACAUGGCUACAGCUGGUCUAUCUUCUGCGCCUGGUGCAGUUUGGGCUUCAUCGUGGCAGCAGGAGGUCUCUGCAUCGCUUAUCCGUUUCUCAGCCGGACCAAGAUCGCACAUCUAAAGUCUGGCAGGGACUCCACGGUAUGA